CAUCUUCCUGCCAUGCUGCCCAACCACCAUAACUGGAGUGUUAGACCAAAUGCUUGUGCGUUACUGUUGUUGCUGCGGCACUACCACUGCUCUGGCAAAUCAUGCCAUUAUAAAGUGUUCAGUAAAUUGUGAAAAAUUAGGCAUUAGAAACUAUUUCCAUAACUGAAAAAGUUCAAAACAACAGAGACAGUAAAUUCAAAUUCUACAACAUGCUUGAGAUUUUCUACAGCAAUGUAUAUACAUACAACAAAAAGGCAUGCAACAGAGAAAAAUUUGAAAAGAUGGUGAUAUGGUACAUGUUUAUAAAAUGUUUGUAGAACUUGCUUGACUCACAAUAGUACACCUAAGUUCAGAAUAUAUAUAUAUAUAUAUAUAUAUAUAUAUUCUUAACUAGGAUUCACAGUACAAAUCAGAGAGGAAGUUUCAAGUCAUAAUCCACGCUAUUUUAUAGAAUCUAUAUAGCAUAAGUAUAUAUGGAUAACUCAUUAAUAAUUCAAAAAGGUAAUAGCACUAUAACCAAAUUAACCUAUAGCGCACAUUUAGAAUCUAAAAAUAUAUAUAAAAAAAAAGAAACAAAAGUCAAUGAUGACCAAAUAAUCUCAUCAUUUUCUUUUACAUUACAGAUAAAAUGCAAAUUAGCUUGUAAUCUAUUUGAAACAUCCAUUUUUGGCAUCACAAGUAGAGAAAGAAAAUAAGCAGACAACGGGCGUGCGCCACAAAAGUUACUCAAAAGAAUCAUGAAAUGGACUGGGAAAAGGUAAAAAGAAAUAUCAACCCCUAAAGUUUUUAUGUCCCGAGGAAUGCAGUUAGUAUUUAGUGGAAGUGACUAAAAUUUCUAUGCUGAAAUCAUUAUAUCAUGAUCAUAGAGAAGCUUCUGCACCACAAUUUAAAGAAAUGGACUUCCCAGGUGGCGCACUAGGUCCAGCUGCCACUAAGCAGGUCUUCUUCUAGCUACUAUAAAGUUUCCAACAUAAAACAGAGGCAUCCAGUUACAUUUGGGGCAGCAGUAGUAUACCCUAAGUACCAAGGAAGGGUUUGUCAUCACCAAAGAUAGUCUGAUAUUUCUUUAUUUAUUUGGAUGUCAAUUUCUCCACCUCAUUUCCUGUUUUUUUUUCCUGUGGAUAUGAUUUUGGAGCCUGAUGUACCUUCAUCGCAACAAUCAAUGAUGUAAAAUUGGUUAAAAUGGAUCCUCCUACCUUUGUCUUAACUAUUCUUCUUCUCCUCUUCUUCCCUUCUCCUUCACUUCAUAUCCAAAAGGGCAAUCAGAUUAGCAUAGAGCGAUUGGCACUUUUAGCAUUCAAGAAGGGCAUAUUUGACGAUCCAAAAGGUGCUCUCAGUAACUGGACUGAGUCAACUGAUUUCUGCAAGUGGAAUGGCAUUACUUGCUGGCAGGGUAGAGUAAGCAAGCUCAAACAGGGUAGAGUAAGCCAGCUCAAUCUCAAAGGUCAAGAUCUAAAAGGAACCAUCUCGCCAUUUCUCUCAAAUCUCUCUCAAAUUCUAUUGAUAGAUUUGUCUGAAAACGCACUUCAUGGGCCAAUUCCUGAGGAGUUUGGAGCUCUGUCUAUGUUACAGAAUUUCAGUAUCCAACAAAAUGGAGUACAACGACAAGUUCCACAUAGCUUAGGCAUGCUAAAACAUCUAAUAUAUAUUGACCUCAGCAGCAAUGAGCUUCAUGGAACACUUCCGACAAGUCUCCUGUACAAUUGCACUGACCUAUUUUAUGUAGACCUCUCUAACAAUUCAUUUACAGGUUUGAUCCCUCCGGAGAUAGGAAACCACCUCCCUCAAUUGGGGAUCCUAAAUCUUUAUCUCAACCAAUUGACAGGUACCAUUCCUGCUUCCCUUUGCAAUUCAACCAAUUUGAUGACAAUAGAUCUCGGCAACAACCUUCUAACUGGUACAUUACCAUCAGAAACCAUCAUGUGUUUAACUUCUUUGUUGCAUCUGCAUUUGGCAUUCAAUUAUUUCACGAGUGAUGACAAAAAUACCAAUCUCUUCCCAUUCUUCAGUGCCCUUUCAAAUAUGACACAUUUGCAGAGCCUUGAGUUGGAAAACAACUACAUUGGAGGCUCUUUGCCUAAAACUAUUGGCCUUCUCAGUCAAAAUCUUAGUAAUAUGAAUCUAGGAGCCAACCUUAUUCAUGGAAUGAUUCCACUAAGUAUAUCAAAUCUUUCCAAUCUAUCACUGCUGACCCUAUCAAAUAAUUAUUUGAACGGAACCAUUCCCUUAAAACUAUUUCUCCUACCCAGGUUACAAUCACUCUGGCUUGCUGACAACUUGCUAGCAGGAGAAAUUCCUUCUCCUCCUUGUGAGCUAAAUAAUCUUCAACAAAUAGACUUAUCUGGAAACAACCUCUCAGGUUCCAUUCCAGCCAAUAUAGCCAGUAUAAAGCCACUUACAGAUCUAAUUCUCAGCAAAAAUUUGCUAUCUGGGUCCAUACCUUCAGGCCUGGGAAGAUUAAACCUAGGACUUCUGGACCUGUCUCACAACAAUCUCACAGGACCUCUUCCUAAAGAAGUGGCAGCCAUGAAGACAAUUUAUGCAUACUUCAAUCUGUCAGACAACGCUUUGGAGGGACCAAUUCCGAUGGAGCUGAGCCAAAUGGAUAAGGUCCAAGUAAUCGAUCUCUCAUCGAAUAAACUCACUAGCGAAAUUCCAUCUGCUUUGCAAGCCUGUGUAGAAGUUCAGCUUGUAAACCUAUCCCACAAUCAUCUUCAAGGUACAAUUCCUCAGGCCUUGGGCAAACUUAUAAGCAUCCAAAUAUUGGACCUCUCUUACAAUUCACUCUCCGGUGAAGUUCCAUCGUCACUUGCAACUAGCACUAGUCUCCGCCAACUCGACCUCUCAUUUAACAACCUCAGUGGCCCACUACCCCAAGGUGGUGUCUUUGCUUAUUUGACAAGCCAAUCACUCAUGGGCAAUCAUUUCUGUGGAUCAUCAUUGGGGCUUCCUAGUUGCAACUCCAACAAAGGCAGGAAGCAUUCUAAGAUAUUUCUGCUGUUACUUGUAUGUAUUGUCUCUGUGUUGGCAUUCCUCACCACAAUACUGUCUGUGGUGUGUUACAGAAGAAUCAGGAGAAUUGUAGUAUCUCACAGGAGUGAAACUGAUCUGAACACACCAGCUCAAGACUUGUCAUCAUCUUAUCCAAGGAUAACCUACAGAGAGCUUGUUGAGGCUACCGGAGGAUUCGAUCUGAGCAGAUUGAUAGGUAGUGGUAGCUAUGGGCACGUUUACAGAGGGGUGCUGAGUGAUGGAACUGUAGUUGCAAUAAAAGUUCUGCAAUUCCAAGCCAGUAACUCUACCAGGAGUUUCAACAGAGAAUGCCAAGUUCUGAAGAGGAUUCGGCAUAGGAACCUGAUGAGAAUCAUUACUGCAUGCAGUCUGCCAGAUUUCAAGGCUUUGGUACUGCCUUUCAUGGUUAACGGGAGCCUUGAGAGCCAUCUCUACCCACAAGCACCAGGAACAGGUACCGCACAGCUGAGCUUAGUUGAGCGGGUGAAUAUUUGCUGUGAUAUUGCCGAGGGAAUGGCAUACCUGCACCACCACUCCCCUGUGCAGGUCAUCCAUUGUGACUUGAAGCCAAGUAACAUCCUGCUCAAUGAUGACAUGACCGCCAUUGUAUCAGAUUUUGGAAUCGCUAGGCUGGUCAUGACAGUCACUGAGAGAAACCUGAUUUCUGAAAAUGUGCCCAACUCAACCGCAAACUUGCUUUUUGGUUCAGUUGGAUACAUUCCACCAGAGUAUGGAUAUGGAAGAAAUGCAUCAACAGAGGGAGAUGUCUACAGCUUUGGCAUUAUAGUGUUGGAACUGGUCACCAGAAAGAGGCCUACAGAUGACAUGUUUGGUGAGGGCCAAAGCUUGCAAAAAUGGGUGAAGAACCACUACCGAGGCCAACUUGAGAAUAUAAUUGACUCUUUCCUAUUACAAGAACUAGAAGCUCAAAACCCAGAGAUUAGGAAUGUUUGGAAAGUCGCCAUUAUUGAACUUCUUGAUCUAGGUCUUAUAUGCACUCAAGAGGCACCUUCAACCAGACCAACAAUGAUUGAUGCUGCAGAUGAUCUGGAAAGACUAAAACGCUAUCUUGGUGGUGAUACAACUGCAACCUUAAGUUCAUCAUAUGGGAUGUCAUCAUCUAGGGGUGAUUUUUGGUAAAUAUGUAAAGGUUUUGCUUGCAAACAGUUAUUUCAAAGAUGACACGCUUUAACUGUCCAAAAGAAAGCAACAUGUCAAUGCAAUUUUAUUUAAAGCAUCAACUUUCUUUCUAAA